AUGGAGUCCACAUUAUACAUAAGGGAUCACCCUGGUAGAAGCGUUGCCUUGCAUUCAAACCAUAUAACUAAUUUGGUCAGAAAGCAGUUUUUAGUGUUUGAGAAGGGAAGAGGACUUGAUUCGAACAGACCACAAUGUAAUGUAAAGUUGUUGAAUGGAAGGGAAUUUAACAAACUGAACUAUAGGAGAGCGAUUGCUAAAUCAGUAUAUGGAUGUCUGGGACUGCUGCAAGUCGAAGAUGACAUGUUUAUUGAAGUGGUGACUGAUUGCGAGCCUGUAGGCUAUGUUAGUCCGGGAGAAUCAGUCCAUCGCAUUCUGGACGUGGAAUUCUAUUCACUUACGAAUGAUUUUUGGGAUAAUAAGCCUAAAUCAUACACAGAUGAGAAUGGAUUUCAUGUAACCCAUCCAUGUGCCUCUUUGAAAAAGCUUCUGUCGAAUGGUCGCUUUUACUUUUCGUCGGAUUUUGAUUUAACACGCACUCUACAAGCGAGGAGAGGAGAGGCAUAUAUUGACAAAUAUCUAUUUGAUGAACAUUUUUUAUGGAAUAAGUUUAUGAUUAAUGAACUAUUGGGAUUUAGAGUAAAGCUGGAAGAAAGGGACAAAGGAGAGAUGGAUAAUUGUGGAUUUUUGGUAUUGACUAUACAAGGAUAUGUUGGUAUACUGUCGCCCAGAACACAUGAUGAACAUGUGUCAAUAGCUCUAAUAUCAAAGUUAAGCUGUAAGCGCGCUGGAACUAGGUUCAUUACGCGAGGAAUAGAUGAUGAUGGGAAUGUUGCUAAUUUCGUAGAAACGGAAACCAUAAUGCAUGUAGCCAAAUGGUCUCUAUCAUACACUCAAGUACGUGGGAGCAUUCCGAUAUUUUGGGAGCAACAGGGCCUCCAAUUCACCACGCAUAAACUCCAAGUCACGCGUAGUCCUGCUGCAACACAUCCAGCUUUCCAGCGUCAUUUCAGUGAACUUUGUCAUCGUUACGGAAAUGUUCACUGUAUAAACCUAGUCUCUCAGAAAGGAAGUGAGGAGAUUUUAAGCAGAAAAUACAACAAUCAAAUAGCUGAAUUGAGGCAAACCGAGGGCCGGAUUAAUUUUAGUAAUUUUGACUUCCAUGCCAUGUGUAAAAAUGGAAGCUAUGAGAACAUAGAGAUUCUGAUUAAUAUGAUACGAGACGAUUUGGAGGAUAUGGGUUACUUUCUGUGGGAUGGGGAGGGUAGGAUACCUACGCUGAUGCAAAGUGGAGCAUUUCGUACUAACUGUAUUGACUGCUUGGACAGAACCAACGUUAUACAGUGUGAAGUUUCAAAAAGAGUAAUACAAAAUUAUCUUGCCCAAAUUUCAUACGUCAGCAAUUACGAGCUGCAAUUCCUCUUUGAUCGACAUUCGUUUCUCUGGGCUGAGAACGGUGACAGUCUUUCCAAGAUAUAUGCUGGCACUGGGGCGCUAAAGACUGAUUAUACGCGCAGUGGGAAGCUUACUCUUACCAGUCUUGUUAAUGACGCUACAAAGAGUGUGAAUAGGUUUUAUAUUAAUAACUUCGCCGAUAAGUCGAAACAAGAAGUCAUUGAUCUUUUGCUAGGUAAGGCUAAGUAUCAAAAGCCUAUCAUUAUUCAUGAUCCAAUACAGGAACUCGUGAUUGAGCAAAUACAAAAGAGAUUACAUGAUUUCUCUACAACAUCUGUAAUAAAUGUGAUUGUCAGCACAUAUAAUCUGAACGGCAAGCUACCUUCACGAGAGCCUCUUGAUAAUUGGCUAUUCGCAUUUGGUGGUGCGCCAAAUUUAUACGUUAUUGGAUUCCAAGAAAUUGUCGAACUAGGGCCCCAACAGAUAGUAUCAGCUGACCCCGAGAAACUCGUCGAAUGGGAAAAGGCGAUAAGCAACACGUUAGAUAGACAUCCAAGUAGACAUAAAUAUAUUUUGCUACGAUCUAGUCAACUAGUUGGCACAGCUUUAAUCAUAUAUGCAAGAGCUGACAUAGUUCCUGCAAUAAGGAAUAUUGAAGGAGCCAUCAAGAAGACAGGCUUGGGAGGAAUGGCUGGAAACAAAGGGGCUGUUGCUAUAAGGAUGGAUUAUUAUGAUACUAAUCUGUGCUUUGUUACUGCCCACUUUUUUGCUGGACAUUCCAAUGUCGCCGAACGCAACAGGGAUUUCAACACUAUUAAUAGUGGAUUAACUUUUAAAAAAGGUCGUCUUGCUGAACUCAGGAACGUGAUAUGGUUUGGCGAUCUUAAUUAUAGAAUCGACCUGCCUAACGAUGAGGUUCGAAGUCUUGCAGCCAUGGGCAACCUCGACGCGUUAUUGAGAUCAGAUCAGCUUAACGCGCAGCGCAAAAUGGGUAUCGUUUUUGAAGGUUGUCAUGAGGAAGAUAUAACGUUUCUGCCUACUUACAAGUAUGAUAACGGAACCCAGACUUAUGAUACUAGCGAGAAGCAAAGAAUACCAGCAUGGACGGAUCGUAUUUUGUACCGUGGCGCCAAGAUUUCUCAAAAUAGUUACGCGAGAACCGAGUUACUUCUCUCAGAUCAUAGGCCUGUAAUGGGCUCAUUUGACGUUGAGAUCGUCAAGUACGAUGAAGUGGCUAAGGAAAACAUAAUGCAAGAACUAUAUUCAGAAAUGAAAUAUUCUUCCGGGUCUGUUCCGUCUGCUGGGCCGGCUGCGCCAAAACAGAUCCUAGCUUCUCUUCCAGCUUAUAAUAAUAACGGACACAAUGAUGAGCUGAUAAUAGAUUGUGACGAAUCUACAGCCGUAUUAAAUGAUUUGCCACCUCCAAGUUCAGAUACUUAUCAAUGGUGGAACGAAUCUGCGUCAUCUAGUUCACUUGUUAUUGAUAAAUCCAGACUUCCACCAAGAACAUCAGAAUCGACCAACCCAUUUUACGAGUCAAGUCCAAAGGAGAAGAAUCCUUUUGAUGAUGACACCUUACUCAUAGACAUAUGA